GGGAGUGUUCGAGGAUUCGCGUUGGUAAACCUUGUUCCCUGUUCCUUGUUCGGAGUUCCCUGGCCGGGCAUUGCAUUUCAUGAUUUCUUCUUGCUUUCGCUCCCUCUUAACUAUCCUCCCCUAAUGAAUUACCCUCUUGCCUUGGUCCUCUUGGUCCUCCAAAGAACCAUUGACCCCGGAGCGGCCCGUGUGCGACCUUGGGUAGGGCGGGCUUGGCUGCGCCGAGUGUGGCCCUGGACCCAACUGGGAGAGUCCGAGGGAGUUUGGGGUCUCGGAGUCUCGCAGUGGGGAGGAGUGCAUAUCACCGAACGCGUCUCGUGGAGGGCAGCUGGGUUCGGAGGUUUCGCGGUAGUUUGCCGCUGUGUGUGUGAAGGCGUGGAAAGUGCCAUGAACUGUGGUAACAGAACACCGCAGUUAGAUGUGUAGAAUCCCAAGUUGUUCUAGAACUGGAGUGGCGAUUUACUGAAGUAAUCUAACUGGACUCUUCGCAUCCACGUUUUCGUUUUUUUCUCCACUCUGCAGUCAGCACAAUCUUUUAACAUCCUGAAUUUGAUCCACUCACCUCCCGCUUAAAACUGUUUUAAAUUUAAGAAGAGAGUGCCCAAUAGCCUGUCCGAUUCUACCGUGGAAGCAAGAGUGGAGGAAGUGAAGCGGGGGGAAGCUGGCAAGAUGAGCCAUGUUGGAACAAAACGUGCCUAGGAGACAUAUGGAAAGUUUUAUGGAAGUACUUGUCUGGCUAUGCUAGAUGCUGGAAAUUAAUUGGUGAACAAGAUGAAGUCUGGUCUUAGAGAUAGACAUGGAGAAAGUACAAGAAGGGGGAAAGAGCCAUGGAACAUGUGAAAGGGGAUGUAUGCUACUUAAUGGGGAGUUAAGUAUGCUACUUAAUGGGGAGUCGGGAAGGCCUCUAUGAGGAAAUGUCAUUUGAGACUUGAAGGAUGAUUAGGAGAAGGGGGUUUGGGCUUAGCUGUAGGGGCAGAAGGAACAGCAGGUGCAAAGCCUUGGGAAGCAGGGAAAGCACAUGUGGCUCGUGGAAUUGAGAAUAUGCUGGUGUGGCUGGAUAUGAGGCUGACAGGGUAGACAGAGGGCAGAGGGUGCCUUCUUUUCAACUUUGUUUCUCUAGCUCCGUGCCUGGUGCACAGUAGUCCUUAAAUGUUUAUAUGAUUAAAAUACACGUGGGUCUGGACUGGCGUAGGGAGGUGAGGCUGGGAUCUGACUCAUGGACAAUGGAGAUCAAAGGAAGAAACAAAGGUCCUAGGAGGUCCCACACUCAGAAGUCUCCAGAGACCAGCCAUACUCCUUCCCUAAUAACGCCAGCUGCUGUUCGGCUUUAGCUUAUUGUUUCCAUGUGGGAACAUGGGCUCACUUUUUCCUCAGAUAUUUCCAAUUUUGCAAGAGGAGCUGGAAGUUGAAAUUUAUGUGAACUCUUACAAUUUUUAAAUGUUGACAACUAAUUCAGAAAAUUUUUGAAACAUUCUUUGGGUGAAACAAUGCAUGGGGGGCUGCCAGUUUGAGAACUCUUACCUGAGACCUCUAGAGAUUGAGUAAGGAGAUUCAGCGUGAGUGGGAAGUGAUGGAGGAGAGAAGGUAGUGGUCGGGAAGGAGGAUUUUAGAAUGCGGAGAUUUUGAACAAGGUGGCACAGCUUGAUUUCAUUUCUGAACUCUAGUUUCAUUUGUUCAGCUACCUGCUGGGCAUAUUCAGAGGAAUAUCCUAUGGUAUUUCCUCAAAGACACUUCUAAAAGUGAUUUCCUCAUUUCUUCCAUAUCUGCUCCUCGUCAGGGGUCACCUAUUUCUCAUGGCAGUACUUUUCCUAGCCUCGCUGGCUCAAAACAGAGCUAUUUAAGAUUUUUCCUACUCCCGUAUUCUGUAUCCAAUAUAUUUUGUUGGGUCCUUUUGAUUUUCUUUUUCUGUAAUAACUUUCAUUCAUUUUGUUCUCUUCUUGCAAUUUUUUUGCCUUCUUAGUUUAGAUUUUAUACCCCCAAUGUUCCACACUGCCUCCACCUUCACUCACUUGAGUCCAUUCCUCAUAUUGGUAUAAGAAUCAUUUUUCUAAAUAGGGGAUUUAUUAUGAAUGCCAGUACUUAAUUGAACUCUUAUGCCAGCCCUUAAAGCAGAACACUUUGCAUUAAUUAUCUCACUGAGUUCAUACAUUAACUGUGUGAGCAGGGCACAGUUAAUAACUUUUUUUUUUUUUUUUGAGGGUCAUGUCCUGUCACCUAGGCUGGUGUGCAGUGGCUCAAUCAUGGCUCAUUGCAGCCUUGACCUCCUGGCUCAAUUGAUCCACCUCAGCUGGUACUACAGGUGCAUGGCACUGUACCUGGCAAAGUUUUAAAAUUUUUGUAGAGAUGGGGUCUUACUGUGUUUCCUAGGCUUGUCUUCAGCUUCUGGGCUCUGACAAUCCCACCACCUCGGCCUCCCAAAGUGUUGCAAUUACAGUAUAUUUAAAGUUGGAGUUUGUUGCUAAAGAUGGCAGACCCAGAUGUCCUCACUGAAGUUCCAGCAGCAUUGAAGCGGUUAGCCAAGUAUGUGAUCCGGGGAUUUUAUGGCAUUGAGCAUGCCUUGGCCUUGGACAUCUUGAUCAGGAACCCCUGUGUGAAAGAGGAGGAUAUGCUGGAGCUGCUCAAGUUUGAUCGGAAGCAACUUCGAUCAGUUUUGAAUAAUUUAAAGGGAGACAAGUUUAUCAAAUGCAGAAUGAGGGUAGAGACUGCUGCAGAUGGGAAAACCACUCGCCAUAACUACUACUUCAUCAAUUAUCGUACUCUUGUUAAUGUGGUAAAAUAUAAACUGGACCACAUGAGAAGGAGGAUUGAGACCGAUGAGAGAGAUUCGACCAACCGGGCUUCCUUCAAAUGUCCUGUCUGUAGUAGUACUUUCACAGACUUAGAAGCUAAUCAGCUCUUUGAUCCUAUGACAGGAACUUUCCGCUGUACUUUUUGCCAUACAGAGGUAGAAGAGGAUGAGUCAGCAAUGCCCAAAAAAGAUGCACGCACACUUUUGGCAAGGUUUAAUGAACAAAUUGAGCCCAUUUAUGCAUUACUUCGGGAGACAGAGGAUGUGAAUUUGGCCUAUGAAAUACUUGAGCCAGAACCCACAGAAAUCCCAGCCCUGAAACAGAGCAAGGACCAUGCAGCAACUACUGCUGGAGCUGCUAGCCUAGCAGGUGGGCACCACCGGGAAGCAUGGGCCACCAAAGGUCCUUCCUAUGAAGACUUAUACACUCAGAAUGUUGUCAUUAACAUGGAUGACCACGAAGAUCUUCAUCGAGCCUCACUGGAAGGGAAAUCUGCCAAAGAGAGGCCCAUUUGGUUGAGAGAAAGCACUGUCCAAGGGGCAUAUAGUUCUGAAGAUAUGAAAGAAGGGGACAUAGAUAUGGAUGCAUUUCAGGAGCAUGAGGAAGGCCGUGCUGGGCCUGAUGACAAUGAAGAGGUCAUGCGAGCACUGCUCAUUCACGAGAAAAAGACUUCCUCUGCCAUGGCUGGUUCAGUGGGGGCGGCUGCUCCAGUGACCACUGCCAAUGGCAGUGACUCGGAAAGCGAGACCAGUGAGUCAGAUGAUGAUUCUCCACCCCGUCCGGCCGCUGUGGCUGUGCAUAAACGAGAAGAGGAUGAAGAGGAAGACGACGAGUUUGAAGAAGUAGCAGAUGACCCCAUUGUCAUGGUGGCUGGCCGUCCGUUCUCCUACAGUGAAGUGAGCCAACGGCCAGAGCUAGUGGCCCAGAUGACACCAGAAGAAAAGGAAGCAUAUAUAGCAAUGGGACAACGCAUGUUUGAGGACCUCUUUGAGUGAGCUUUCCCUACUUCUUUCUCCUUUCUCUAAUGCUCAGUUCAAAAAGAAAUGUCUCAUCUUUGAAGAAAAGUAUUUAAAUGGCUUUCUGCCCGUCUUGAUGUAAGCAACUGUCGAUCCUUAUGCAAAGAAUGAUGGUAGAGAGUUUGACUUUUAUGCCAGAAACUUUCCCAGCAAGGUAGGGUGCUGGGAAUCCUACCCUUCCUUGCUGUCACUACAGUAUUAAUAUUUUACUGUAUUUUCUUUUCUUUUUUUUUUUGAGACGAAGUCUCACUCUUGUCCCCCAGGCUGGAGUGCAAUGGCGCGAUCUCGGCUCACUGCAACCUCUGCCUCCCGGGUUCAAGCGAUUCUCCUGCCUCAGCCUCCCAAGUAGCUGGGAUUACAGGCGCCCGCCACCAUGCCCAGCUAAUUUUUUGUAUUUUUAAUAGAGACAGGGUUUCACCAUGUUAGCCAGGAUGAUCUUGAUCUCCUGACCUCAUGAUCCACCCAUCUCGGCCUGCCGAAGUGCUGUAUUUUCUUAUCUAAUUUUUUUCUUGCCUUAUUAAGACAUAAUUUUCUCCCUUCUGAAAUGAGUGAGGGAAGUUCAUAAGGUAAAUCCUUCCCAUCCAUCUGUUUACUACAAUAGGUUACAAUAAUUCACUGAUCACAUCCAUUUUAUCUGUUCUAGCCAGGCAUUCCAAACAAUUUCUUAUAUUGCUGCCCACCAAAGCAGCUUGCCAACAGUCAAAUCAUUGAUUGGGGGAAAAAAUCCUGAAACUUGCUUAGAAUUUGAGCAUUUCCUCAAAAUUGAGAUGGGUCAAUAUGUAAGGGGAGGUGGGAGUGUGUGUGGAAGGGGGAUAGAUAUAAUUGAGUCUCAUGAUUAAUGUCUAAACCAGAAUUUGUGUCUUUAGAACAGACCAGACUGGUAGAUUUUAUUGUAUUGCUUAAUGUCUUUUGGUUUGGAUUUAGGAUGAUAGAAAACAGAAAGUAUAAUUGGUAAACCCUUAGGAAGAAAUUAGAAAAACAUGGACAUAAGACAAGAAGUCUGUAUAAAGGGUUGAAGAGUGACAAGCAUUGGGAACAGUGCCUUAGAACUGUGUCAGUUAGUCUGAUUUGGAAAUCCUUUAUAUAAAGCUGAGACUGGUCCUGGUUUUGUUCCCUUUGGGUACAGACCUCUUGUCAGUGCUAUAAAUUGUUUAAUGAGGCCAUUCCAGCAGAAAUCAACAGAAUAAUUGAUUACUCUUCUCUCUGUCUGUCACUCUCCCUCUUUCUAAACAUCACUGAAGGCUGUCUGUCUUUUAAUUCUUGUCAGACACGGUAUUUUAGGGUGCAUCCAGUAUACCAUUGAGCAUUGUAACCUCAAGAAACAGUUUAUUUUGGGUUCUGAUAUGUAACAUGGUAUUUUCCCUAAGGCAGAACUUUAAAAAUAAAGAACUUUCACACAAGGGUCUAUAACAAUUGUAUAUCUUACAAUAUUUUUCCUUGCAUUGUAAUUUUUAAGUAUUUAUCAUUUUAUAGUACACUUAUAAAGAAUAUAGAGCCUUGUAUGGAGUGAUGUUUCAUUUACCUGGGUUGUAUUAAUGACUGAAUGUUGACAAUAAAUCUGUUUUAUACUGA